ACAACUUUCCGGACUUUGAACAUCCUGCUCCAGCAACUCCUGCGGACUAUCCUCCCAUCAUUCUUAUCGUCCACGACCUCCGCUAUGGCUCCCACACCGGUGGACAACAACCUUUCCGCCGAGCCUUCGUCUACAUCGAAGCCUGAGGCAAACUACUGGCAACCCGCCAACAUCGCUUUCACAACAGUCGCCAGUGCCCUCGCCCUUGGCGUCAUCCUUGCUACGAUAGCCUUCUUCGUCUACAGACACCGACAACACAAGAAGAUCGGCCAGACAACACCCGCAAAAGAAAGCCUCUUGGAAGGUGACGAGCGCAAAUCAAGCAUGUUCAGCCGCGAGAGAGUCAGCAGUGUCACGGUGUACGUCGAUAACGCAGACACGAAUACAGCAUACAAGCGUGUCAGCCAAGAACCCGCACCGCUUGUGCCUCUGCACAUCAACACACAGACACCAAAACCGGCCGCAAGCGUAGGCAGCGACAUCAGUGCGGUGAGCAGAAACAGCAACAGCACGUUCAGCACAAUGAUGUUGAGCCCGGUCUCGGAGGGCUCAAGACCAGCGGGCAGGCAACGAAGCACAAGCACAUCGAGCAUUCGCUACUAUGCCGUGACACCUACCGACAACACAAUACCGGUGCCGAAGAUCGUUCGUACAUCAUCGGACUAAGGAUGGGAGAAUGGAGGGGGUAGAUUGUGGUGGGCCCUCAGUCAUUGUCACUUGCUUGUUCGUACUAUGUAUUUACCUUUACUUUUCCUCACUAUACCCAUUCUUGCUUCUGCAUUAUGCGCGCAUGCAAACAAAUCCUUCAAUACACUAUCAAAAGCAUGCUUUCAGAAUUCAUUGUCCAUUUCCCGCUCCCUGUGAAUUG